GUACAAUUUUCACUUAAACUGUUUUUUUUAUAGAGAAAUCACUUAAACUGGUUGAGAUUUAAUAUUCAUUUAUUGAUGAAGCAUCAAAAGCAUGGUUGCCUGCCUAAUCUUGAGUUUCUUUGUCCUGCAAAGCCUUUGACCCGACAGACUGAGAUAAUUUGAUACUUGGCGCUGGAAGGAGAGCAAGAUAGAUGGAGAGGGUGAAGAAAAGACUGGGUAAAUAUGAACUUGGCAGAACCAUUGGAGAAGGAACUUUUGCUAAAGUUAAGUUUGCCCAGAACACGGAGACAGGUGAAAGCGUUGCAAUUAAAGUUUUAGCCAAGAGCACCAUUCUUAAGCACCAAUUGGUCGAACAGAUCAAAAGAGAGAUAUCUAUAAUGAAGAUUCUCAGGCAUCCUUGCAUUGUUAAGCUCCAUGAGGUUUUAUCUAGCCAGACAAAAUUAUAUUUUGUUUUGGAAUUUGUAUCUGGAGGAGUACUAUUUGACAAAAUUGUUCAUCAAGGCAGACUUCGUGAGGAUGAGGCGCGACGCUACUUCCAACAACUUAUUGAUGCAGUUGCACAUUGUCAUAGUAAGGGUGUGUACCACCGUGACCUUAAGCCAGAGAAUCUGCUUCUUGAUUCCUUUGGGAACCUGAAGGUCUCUGAUUUUGGAUUGAGUGCAUUACCUCUGCAAGGAGUUGAACUUCUUCAUACCACUUGUGGAACUCCAAACUAUGUUGCUCCUGAGGUGCUAGGCCAACGUGGCUAUGAUGGAGCUGCUGCUGAUGUGUGGUCAUGUGGAGUCAUCCUUUACGUUUUAUUGGCGGGAUCUCUACCCUUUGACGAGGCACAGAUUCUACCAUUAUAUCGAAAGUUAAUUGCAGCAGAAUUUGUCUUUCCGUUUUGGUUCACUCCUGGUGCAAUAUCAUUGAUACAGAAAAUACUUGAUCCCAACCCUAAGACUCGCAUUAAAAUUGAAGGGAUCAGAAAAGAUCAAUGGUUUCAGAAGAAUUAUUUGCCUAUCCAAGGUAAGAAGGAUGAAAAAGAGACUGUGGGUGAUGUCUGUGCUGUGCUUUAUGGCAGCAAGCAUGAAGUUGUAACUGAGCAGUGUGAAAGUACUACCAAUGGCCCUUUUGUUAUGAACGCUUUUGAAAUGAUUGCUUUAUCUCAAGGGUUGAACCUGUCACCAUUGUUUGACAGGCGCCAGGAUUUUGUCAAGCGGCAAACCCGUUUUGUAUCACGUGAGCCGGCGAAAGUUAUCAUUUGUGCAAUCGAAGUGGCGGCAAGAUCCAUGGGACUAAAGUUCCAUUCAUCUAAUUACAAGACUCGGAUUGAAGGUGUAUCUCCAAAUAGGGGCAAGUUUGCUAUUGCAUUAGAGGUUUUCCAAGUCGCCCCAUCUCUGCAUAUAGUGGAUGUCCGUAAGGCAGCUGGGGACACGCUUGAAUAUCACCGGUUCUACAAGAAAUUGUGUGAAAAAAUUGACCAUGUUAUUUGGAAAUCAACGGAGGGGAUGGCAAAUGCUGCUCCGCUACUAUGAAACUAUCUGUUCUGAUUCCAAGGCAUGAAGCGAAUCAGUUGAUAUUACAACACAACAACAUCCAACCCAUACUUGGGACACAAAUAAUACCAUAAUGUUCCUGGUUGAGGAAUGAAUUGACAUCUGCAGUGCUAUAUGUGUUUGUGUGUAUAUUGACAUACUUGUACAGUGCGUAUGUGGAGGAUUUUUUUAUCUUUCCGUAACCAUGCGGGCCAGUUUAAAUAUUUUAAUAAAGGGAAAACUGUCAAAUAGGGCCUUAAACUUUUAUAAAAAGGUCAAAUAAGUUCUUAUAUAGGAGGCUCUGUCCGGCCGUCACGAUUUGGGGCGGUUCCCGGUGGAAUUUUUUGAUGAAAAUUUUUGAACAUCUUAUUCAUCAAGUCUAGUUUACUCAUACCAAAUUUCAACUAAAACUUCAAUCGGGAACUCAUUCAAAUUAAUUCUUAAAUGCGCAGUUAUCUUCAAGAAUUAAUUUGAAUGCGUUCCCGAUUGAAGUUUUAGCUGAAAUUUGGUAUGAGUAAACUAGAUUUGAUGAAUAAGAUGUUCAAAAUUUUCAUCAAAAAAUUCCACCGAGAAUCGCCCAAAAUCGCGACGGCCGUACAGAGCCUCCUACAUAAGGACGUCUUUGACCUUUUUAUGAAAGUUCGAGGACCUAUUUGACAGUGUUACCAAACUUAAAAUAAUACAGUAAAUAAUAUUAAGAAAGAAUGACAAAAAUAUUACUAAUGGAUUUUAUUAGGGCUCGGCAUAUCGGUUUUCGGUUCGGU